GCCCCCCAGGCCCCCACCUGCCCCCAGCAUCCACCGCGCGGCCAAGCUGGGUGCCCCGGGGAGCCUGGCCGCCAUGCCACCUCCUCUUCUCCUCUUCUUCCUCCUCUUCCUCACCCCUGAGGGAGUCAGGCCCCAGAAAACACUGCUGGUGGAGGCUAAAGAGGGAGGCAAAGCUGAGCUGCCAUGCCUCAAAGGUCCCUCAGAUGGUCCCCCUGAGCAGCAGGCCUGGUUUCAGGGGGCUCAGUCAGAGCUGGACCCAGGUUCACAAGACCUGGGCAUCCAGAAGGGGCCCCUGGGCCUCCAGCUCCUCAUCUUCAACGUCUCUGACCAGAUGGGGGGCUUCUACGUGUGCCAGCUGGGGCCCCCUUCUGAGCAGGCCUGGCAGUCUGGCUGGACAGUCAGCGUGGAGGGCAGCGGGGAGCUGUUCCGCUGGAAUGCCUCAUACCUAAAUGACCCAGGCUGUGGCCUGGGGAACAGGUCCUCAGAGGGUUACCCCACAAGCUCCCAGCUGUACGUGUGGGCCAAAGGCCACCCUGAGAUCUGGGAGACAGACCCUGACUGUGCCUCGCCCAGGGGCGGUCUGGACCAGAGCCUCAACCAAGACGUCACCGUGGCCCCUGGCUCCACAUUCUGGCUGCCCUGUGAGGUGCCCCCUGCCUCCGUGGCCAGAGGCCCCAUCUCCUGGACCCUCGUGCGCCCCAAGAAGCAUAACAUCUCAUUGCUGCACUUAAACCUGAGGGAGGAUGCCCCGGUCAGAGAGAUGUGGGUCCUAGACACCCUCAGGGGAGGGGCUGUUCUGUUGCUGCCCCAGGCGACCGCUCAAGAUGCUGGCACCUAUCAUUGUUACCAUGGCAACAUGACCAUCGAGAUGCAGCUGAAGGUCACUGCCCAGUCAGUAAGACACUGGCUGCUGGAGGCUGGUGGCUGGAAAGUCCCCGUUGUGCCAUUACUUUAUCUGAUCAUCUGCCUGGGUUCCCUGGUGAGCUUUGUUCAUCUUCGAAGAGCCCUGAUCCUCAGGAAGAAAAGAAAGCGAAUGACCGAUCCCACCAGAAGGUUCUUCAAAGUGACGCCUUCCCCGGGAAGCGGGGCGCAGAAUCAGUACGGGAACGUGCUCUCCCUUCCCACGCCCACCUCUGGGACGGGACGCGCCCUAAGGUGGGCUGCAGGCCUGGGGGCCGCCGUCCAGUCGUACGGAAACCCGCGCAGCGACGUACAGGAGGUCGGAGCCGCGGGGCCCCGGAGCCCGCCACCAGCAGGCCCAGAAGAAGAGGAAGGAGAAGCCUAUGAGGAGCCGGACAGUGAGGAGGGCUCCGAGUUCUACGAGAAUGACUCCAACCUCGGGCAGGACCAGCUCUCCCAGGAUGGCAGCGGCUAUGAGAACCCUGAGGACGACGCCUUGGGUCCCGGGGAUGAAGACUCCUUCUCCAGCGCAGCCGAGUCUUAUGAGAACGAGGAUGAAGAGCUGGCCCAGCCAGUCGCCAGGACAGCAGAUUUCCUGAGCCCCCAUGGGUCUGCCUGGGAUCCCAGCAGGGAGGCAACCUCUCUUGGGUCCCAGUCCUACGAGGAUAUGAGAGGGAUCCUGUAUGCAGCCCCCCAGCUCCGCUCCCUUCGGGCCCAGCCGGGUCCUAAUCAUGAGGAAGAUGCAGACUCUUAUGAGAACAUGGACAAUCCCAAUGGGCCAGAACCAGCAUGGGGAGGAGGGGGCCGCAUGGGCACCUGGAGCACUAGGUGAUUCCUUCCAGCCUGGGCCUCCUUAGGCCCCCGAGAUCCAUACUGGAUUCUGAAAUCUGGGACCCCAAGCAGACAGUGUCGACUUCUGGAGCAGCGUUGACUCGGAUGUGUAUAUCUGUGUGUGUGAGCGCACGUGUGUGUGUGUGUGUGUGUGUGUGUGUGUGUGUGCACCAAUGAAACUUUGGCUCCCUUUACUUACUCCAAAUAAAUUCAGUGACUUCUUCUAA